CUCCGACAGUGUAUUCCAGUGCUCACCCGCUCACACACAAGCGGCAUGGAGUAGUAGCAAGGCAAUACACCCAAGGCAUGCGAGGCCCACAUGCUGACCAUGAUGGAGGAAUACAAGCAACGGGCAGCAACGGCCACAACCGCGCGAAAGAAGAGGGACGAGGAGGUUAAGGAGCAGCGUCGCCUCGCUGAGCAGCAGCGACAGGAGGAUGCCGACGCAGCAAGGAAGGCUGCAGACGAACACCGUCGACAAUGCCAAGACCGGCUUUUUGAAAGGGAGGGGGACCUCGAGGUGAUAGCCGGCGAAUGGGCGGAGGCUGCCGACGAGGAGGACGCCCCUGCUGCUGUGCGAGACUUGUCUUUGGACCCCCGAGUGGUGCGAUCACUCGACGAGUUCGCCGACAUCUUCAAGUCUCCUACCGGUAUGGUGCCAAAUCGACCGAUCUCCCAUGAGACCAUGCUUGAGGCCAGUGUCGUGUCGCUGAAAGGAUGCAUCUAUCGCAUGAGCGAGGAAGAGCUCGCGGUUCUCCACACGCAACUCGAUGAUCUCGAUACGUCGCAAGAUCGCUACAAAUCCAAGUUCAAGACGUCGUACGGUGUCGGGACUGAUCUAGGCAAAAUGGCGACAAAGGAUGAGACACGCAAUCGUAGAAGCGAGGGAGGACCAGACAUACGAGGCAGCGCUAGGGGAUACACGGACUUUGGGGAGGAAUACGAAAGGAGGGCGGAUAUCCCCUAUAACUUGAAUCCUGAAAACUUUACGGAUGAGUUCAGCCCCGCGCAAGGGGAAGAGGAUGAGGACGAGGAUGAAAAAGUGCAGGAGGUCAUUGAGGUUAGUAGUGGUGAUGAAACUGAUAAGAUCUCGAGGCCUGGAGAAGAAGGGCGGCCCUCCACAAGUAGGCUACAAGAAGGAUCCUUCAGAUGGGAAGAUGAAUUUAGACCAACACAUAGUCAUUGGUUUGAGCAAUGGGUUAGCGUGAUCAAACAUGACUGCAUCAUCAAGGCCAGAGAACUGAUGGAGGCCGGAGUGGCAGCUACACCCCUGGACUUUUAUAAUGAGAAGGAGUUGCAAGAAAUUGCGAAAAGAAAUGGGAAAUCCUAGCCUCCGGCCUGGGAGCCAAGGGGUCAACAGAAAGGAAGGAUGAACGGGGGGCCAAGCGGUAUAGGACAUAUGAUAACGAAAGA